AUGGAAGAGGAAGAUGUACGCCAUGUUGAAUACAUGAUGUUACGUGCAACUGAUGCCUUGUGUAUGGACCGCAUUAAGGAGCAAUUGGUUGCACUUCAAGCGAGCUCUACUUCUAAUGGUGGUUUGGACUCGAUUGGGAAAUCUUAUGAGAAUCAAUUAAUUGGGAUGCUUACAGGAAUGACCGACAAAUCGCAAGAGAUCGAUGCUUCUGAUUCACUCGAUGUUGAGGUCUCGACUACACCAUACACGAUUGUCGAGAUGGUUGUUUUAGAAGCUUUAAGAGAAGCAUUUUUAGUUGUUGAUGCUGCUAUUUUGAGUCAUGAUCGAGUGAUUGAACCAUCAAUUUCAGAAUUUCAUGUUGUUCCCAUAAUCAAAGGUUUUCUUCCCUUCACUGUCAGACCAUGUAGUUAUAGCAAGCACCUGGGGUCUUCACCAAUGACCGUCUUAGAGGAUUUCAAUAUCGUUAUCCCACUUAUACUGCUUAUGAUUCUUCUAUCAGAUCCACCUGACUUAGUAUCCAUUCCGCCUCUGUCGCUUGCCCUACCAUGGCUUCAUCACUCAGUUUACCCAAUACCACUUAAGUCCCCAUCCUCAUCCAAGGUAAACAACCUUCCUCUUUAUUUCCAAUUUGAGCAGAAGAAUUAUUUUGGAAGUUAA